AUGGACCUUCGCAAGGAAGUUAACGCCGCUAAGUUAACUGAUGAUCUAGUGGUCGAUAUCCUCUCCCGCUUGACAUACAAGGACUUUUGCCGCUGCAAAUGUGCCUAUAAGGCCUGGUCUACCUUCUCCUCCGAUCCAGACUACCGCAAAAGGCUGCCCAAAAAAGUAACCACUGGACUUCUGUACCAAGACCGCAAUAAGUCUGCUAUCCCGCUUGUAAGCCUGUCCCGAGAUGAUGGAGAAAUCGAUGGAAUUCUUGCUGACGUACCACACUAUGAGCAUUUAGAGUUUCUUGACUGCUGCAAUGGUCUAGUCCUCUGCAAGUACAAGAACAGCUAUACUUCCCCAGGCAUUUGCCGCUUUGUUGUGUGCAACCCAGCAACUCGAGAGUGGAGAAUACUUCCUGAUACUUUUGUUGGGACUGAUAGCCACCGUUGUACAACUAUUUUGGCCUUUGAUCCUUCAUGGUCACCACACUUCUAUGUCUUCAACUUUAAUCGCCAUUUCUUCAGUUUGGUGGGCAAACUUGAGAUGUUUUCGUCUGCCGGUUCCACGUGGCUUGUGGAUGAUGAAUGGGAUUCUGAGAUAACUUUUUCAUGGGGGAAGCCUCACUUAUUUCUUAAUGGAAUGUUGUGCGUGGAGAUUAGGGGACAGCAAGUUUUGGUGUUUGAAGGUUUGGAGACAAUGAGCGAUGGCAUACUGCCCUAUCAUUACACCAUUGACUUGCCAUUUGACUCUUUACCCGUGAGUAGUUUCACUGAUGGCUGCUUUGACAAAUCUUCAGGGAUCUUACACUACGCAUUGCCAGAUAGGAGUGGUCAUUCCAUUGUAGUUUGGACUUUGGAGGAUUAUGCUCAUCGUUUAUGGCAUUGGAGCCUGAAGUGCCAUCUUAACAUGGAAGAUGCAUUUGGAAGGAAAGACUUAGUUUACUUUGACAAUGGAGGCAUCGAUGGUGCCUCCGACUGGUUUUGGAACUGCGAUUACCGGAUUCUUGCUCUCGACUUGCAGAGGGAGCUUGUUGUCCUCUCUGACCAUAAGACAAUGAAGCUUAUCUCUUACAAUAUCAGCACCGGGGAACUUAAUGAGAUACGAGACGGCCUUGAGGGGUAUCGAUACUAUGUGCCAUGCUACUCAAAGCUUCCAGCCCAAGAACCUUCGGUGUAG